GCCGAUCCGGCGUCUCCGUGACAGGCACCCUGCUCCGCCGCCACCGCCACUGCCGCCGCCGCUGCCUUUCUUCCUCGUCCCGGGCCGUGCGCGCCGAGCUCGGGAUCGGGCUACCGGUCUAGUCCCGCUUCGGACCGUGCGCCCUUCGCUCGGCGUCCCGGUCCGGGGCUCCGCGUCGCUCGCUCCCGCCUGCCCGGCCGCCUGGCCGCCUCCCCGUAGUCAGAGCGCGGCCACCGAGCUGCUCGCGCCAGCCGCAUCCGCGUCGCCCCUGCCGCUCGGCCCUCCGGAGUCUCGGCUCCCGGUUCAUCCCCGCCACCUCCUGGCACCCAGGCUGCCCACCUCACGACCCGGGUCCUCGCCGCCGCCUCGCCCGGCCCCACUGUUCUCUGCACAGGGUCUCGCCAGCUCUUUCUCGUCGCCGCCACCGCCGCCCCCUUGGAGCAGCGGGUCCGCCGCUGGUCACCAUGCCCAGCAAAACCAAGUACAACCUUGUGGACGAUGGGCACGACCUACGGAUCCCUUUGCACAACGAGGACGCCUUCCAGCAUGGCAUCUCUUUUGAGGCCAAGUACGUGGGAAGCCUGGAUGUGCCCAGACCCAACAGCAGGGUUGAGAUCGUGGCUGCCAUGCGCAGAAUCCGGUAUGAGUUUAAAGCCAAGAACAUCAAGAAGAAGAAAGUAAGCAUCAUGGUCUCUGUGGACGGUGUCAAGGUGAUCCUGAAGAAGAAGAAAAAGCUUCUUUUAUUGCAGAAAAAGGAGUGGACCUGGGAUGAGAGCAAGAUGCUGGUGAUGCAGGACCCUAUCUACAGGAUCUUCUAUGUCUCUCAUGACUCCCAAGACUUGAAAAUCUUCAGCUAUAUCGCUCGAGAUGGUGCCAGCAAUAUCUUCAGAUGUAACGUCUUUAAAUCCAAGAAGAAGAGCCAGGCUAUGAGAAUCGUACGGACAGUAGGACAGGCCUUCGAAGUCUGCCACAAGCUGAGCCUGCAGCACACACAGCAGAAUGCAGAUGGCCAGGAAGAUGGGGAAAGUGAGAGGAACAGCGAUGGCUCAGGAGACCCAGGCCGCCAGCUCACGGGAGCUGAGAAGGUUUCUACAGCCACUGCAGAGGAGACCGACAUUGACGCUGUGGAGGUCCCACUCCCUGGGAAUGACAUUCUGGAAUUCAGCCGAGGUGUGACUGAUCUGGAUGCUGUAGGGAAGGACGGAGGCCCCCACAUAGACUCAGCGGUCUCACCCCAUCCUCAGGAGCCCAUGCUGACAGCCUCCCCUCGCAUGCUGCUCCCUUCCUCUUCCUCGAAGCCACCAGGCUUGGGCACGGGGACGCCCCUGUCCACUCACCACCAGAUGCAGCUCCUCCAGCAGCUCCUCCAGCAGCAGCAGCAGCAGACACAAGUGGCUGUGGCCCAGGUUCACUUGCUGAAGGAUCAGUUGGCUGCUGAGGCUGCGGCGCGGCUGGAGGCCCAGGCACGAGUGCACCAGCUCCUGCUGCAGAACAAAGACAUGCUCCAGCACAUCUCUCUGCUGGUCAAGCAGGUGCAGGAGCUGGAGCUGAAGCUGUCAGGACAGAACACCAUGGGCUCCCAGGACAGCUUGCUGGAGAUCACCUUCCGUUCAGGUGCCCUGCCUGUGCUCUGUGAAUCCACCACCCCUAAGCCAGAGGACCUACACUCACCACUGCUGGGCGCUGGCUUGGCUGACUUUGCCCACCCAGUGGGCAGCCCUUUAGUUGACCACAGCAUGUUUGAGAAUUUGAACACAACCCUCACUCCAAAGCUCCAGGCCAGCCAUUCCUUUCCCCACCUGUCCAGACCUGGGGCCCAAGGCUCCAUCGCCCCUGGCUCUGGAGAGCCAGGAGGACCAGGACUGAGGGUGGGCAGCAGCCAACACCUAAGGAAUCUGGGCAAAGCUGUGGGGGCCAAGGUCAAUGACCUCCUGCGGAGAAAGGAGUCCUCAAGCCUGGGCAGUGUGGGCGUGAUGGAGAUUAAUAAGACGGCUGGAGCCCAGCUGCCUGGUGGGGAAGACACAGCCUGUGGACCCUGGCUGGAGGAUGAAAGGUCAGUCCAAGAAGCCUUCCCUCUGCUGGAUCCUCCACCUCCCAUAACCCGGAAGCGAACCCCUCGGGCCCUGAAGACCACCCAGGACAUGUUGAUUUCAUCGCAGCCCGUCCUAAGCAAUCUAGAAUAUGGGACAGAAUUGUCACCGGGGCAGGCUCAGGACUCUCCACCCACUGCUCAGCCUGUCUCUGCAGACACUUCACGGCCGGAGUCUACCGUUGAAAUGGGAGAGAAGGGUGAGGCUCUGCCCAAUGGUGAGGUGUCCCUGUUGGUACCUGACCUAAUACACAAGAACACCCAGGAGGAAGCCAAGCUAAAGGCACCGGAGGGCAGGAAAUCCUCCUCCCCUGGCCCCAUUGAGAGAAAUGGCCUCAAACUCAGCUUGAGCCCCAUCAGCCUGGCUGAGUCCUGGGAGAACGGCAGUCCACCUCCCCAGGCACGGACUUCCAGCCUUGACAAUGAAGGCCUUCACCCGGACCUACUGUCCUUUGAGUAGAAUCUCUUGUCUUCCCUGCUGAACAUCCUCUCGGCUUUGCCAUCCACCACACGAAGGUCCAUUGCCCAGUGGUUGCUGUGCCCUCAUCUUCCUCGUCAGAAGGCACAGCAGAGCCCACUCUCACCCAGAGGUGGUGUGGGACCAGAUGGCCACACGUGUAGUCCCAGUAAAGGAGCCUGCAGAACGGCAAAGGGUCUCAGCGGCAUUUCAUCCUGCUCCUCCGCAAACUCCUGUGCUGGCAGCUGCCGGCAGCUUUGGCUGCUGGAACACAUCCUCCACAGGGCUUGUCCCAGCUUCCUUCCUCUUGAUUCACAGGGCCACCAGGCCAGGAGGAUGGAUCUAGCAAGAAUUUUCUUUACCUCUCUGCUCAGACUCACAUGUUGUCUAUCCUUUGUCCUCCCUACCACCACCAAUCCCUGAUUCUGUCCCUUUCUUCCAUACUGGUCCAGGGCCUCCCUGCCUUGAAGAAAAUAUAGCUAAGGGAGAAUGGAAGGUUUUGACUUGAUGAUGGGACCUAAUCUGAAAAGCUAGACCUUGACUACAAUCCUAGCCACCAUCUGUCCUCUGCUUCUGGCCCGGCAUCAGAGGAGGUGCUUCUGGGGCUUGAGGCCUUGAGAGCUUCCUCAAAGGUUGAACCUUGUCACUGAGGGUUCCUAGGGUUUUCUCAUCCGGUUAGGUGUGCCCCUACCUAUCUGGAUAGGCACUUGGGAACGAUGGUAUGGGCAGCCUUGCUAUGUGUGUGUGAAGACAGGAGUAGGCAGGCCCCUGCAGAAGCAGCAGAGAGUCUUCUGAUGUUCAGAGAGGAGAGCGGGGAGCAUGGAAUGGUCCUGCGAGAGCAGAGAUCACAGGGAAGAGAACGGUGAGGACUGAGAAGGGCACUGCUGAGAGUCAGCAGCUUUUCAAGCCACUCCGCACCGAGAAAGAGGCAGUGCCUGAGUCUGGGAACAGUAUGUGUGAGAGCCGGGGUGGAGCAUGUGAGAGACUGGAGUGUGGUGAGGACGGUGGAAGCAAAGCCAUUGUCUUUAGUCAAAGUGCUUCUUUGUGCUUGUGCUGACGUUGCCUGAAUUCCCACAGCACCAGAGAUACCUCAAGCCUCUGCCUUCUAUUCAGGUCAUGGCAAUCCUCCUCUGCUUCUGCGUGGAUCUGUGUAAGGACCCGACAGGACUUAUCAACCAUUCACUGGUUCCUGCCUUCCAGGUUAACUUGCUUUGUAUCCCUCUCUUCCUUUAGGGGCCCUAUCAUGCUGUCUUCCCUGUGGCCAGGAGACUCUGUAGUGAUCCCAGCCACAAGGGCCUUGGUAGCCAGAAGAGGAAUCCCUAUUCUUGAACAAGGAGGCCAGAGGCCAACAAGGAGGCUGGGGAUGGUGCAUCCAGCCAGGGCAGGCCAUGCAGCAGUCCUCUUGCCUUCCCUUUUCUGCUUGCUUGGCUUCCCAUCUGUGACACUGGGGCACAUGGGUCUCACUUCCCAGUUCAGCAUCACCGAUGUGUGGCCCUCCUCCCAACCAGCAGACAUCUAAGCUGACUCCUGCAGCCAGAUGCUAAGGAUGCAGGUCUCCUUCUCAUACACCUGCGUAAGCAGCUGCAUGGCUUUAGCCACCUCUGCCCUCUGACCCUUUUCUCUCGCCCCAUCUUCCAUUGCCACAGAAAGUAAGGUUUGAUCCCAUGCUCCCUGCAAACUCCUGUCUCUUCCUCCCAGAUGAGAAUCCAUGCAGCCAGGCAUCUGAAGGCUCUGUUGGAGUAUACAAGACUGUUAGUACAUAUGCGGCACCUGUGCCUUGCCCUAAGAACAUCCCAGGGAUGUGACAUUUGAUCCUGACGUCAAAGAAGUUCUUAGGACUAGCAUUUGAGGACCUAUGGAUUUUCCCACAGUGAUGUGGGAUCUUACCCAAAUCAGAGAGUUCAGGCUCUAGGGUGGAAAGUCGAAGCAUUCACCGGAGAGCGAGUCCAUUGUAAUCUGAGCUCUCCAUAUCAAAAUCUUGGUUUGCUCCUCUGAUAGGAAGCUCACAGAUAUCUGCUCCCUGGGACAUCUCCUCCCCAGAGACUAGGUACUAUGGUUGCCUAAGACCGAGAACAUGAGGCUUGGCUUGCUUAAGCACCCAGGAUACUGCUAGAGCCCUGGCCCUCAGGCUCAGACUUGGCCAAGAGAUCCCACCAUUGUCCCAAGAGCCCUAAAGAGGGUCUUCUGUGUACUUCAGACUUAAUGCUGGGAGGUUGGAUUAGGUGCCUUGCAUGCCUGCAUCAACCGUAAGGUCAUGGCCAUCUCCCUCCUACAGGUAUGGUGCUGCCACCUCAGGAGUCCCUCAGAGACAGAGUCUUGUCUUUGAUGUUGCAAAUUCUGCCUGGUGCUAAGGAUCUAAGUGUUUCCCAGCAGCAACAAAUCCUCCUGAGUGAGGACUUCCACUCACAUCAGCUCUUCCAGCUAAUGACCGCAUCAGGUUCGCUAGCCAUCUCAGCAUUGUAGACUUCAGCACGGCAGCCUUCACAACGAAUCCAGAUCCUCUGGGGGGUUCGGCCUUUGGGUAGUUUGAUCUGCACGGCUCAGGAGCUGGGUAACGGGGAGGAAUGGAGGGUCUAACUUCAGUGUCUGUUUAAAGAAGCUGGUGUCUUGAUGCCCUUUUUUCUCCACUUCUUUCCAGCCCUGUUGUAUAACCCUAUUCAGCCCAUAGCUUUAUCUUGAUAGAUGACAAAGUCAGCUUCCAGGAACAUGGAAAGACGGUGUCCCCUCCCUAGUCCCAGCCCACACUUCUCUCUAGAAAUGUAUCUGUGAAUGUUCUGGGAGAUAUGAAGACAUGUGUUUUAAUCACUCAUCUUUUAAAGAACAAGUUUGGCCCCUGUUGGAAAGAACAGGAUUAUAGUUCUAUUCUGAGUACU